GGGCGGGGAGGCCCCCCGCCGCUGGCCAUCAAGGAAGCGCGGCGGGCGACUAGGCGCGUUGUGUGUGCGGCAGUUCCACCAUGUCGAAGGUGUCCUUUAAAAUCACGCUGACGUCGGACCCGCGGCUACCGUAUAAAGUUCUCAGUGUUCCUGAAAGUACGCCUUUCACAGCAGUGUUAAAGUUUGCAGCAGAAGAAUUUAAAGUUCCUGCAGCAACAAGUGCGAUUAUUACUAAUGAUGGAAUAGGAAUAAACCCUGCACAGACUGCUGGAAAUGUUUUCCUGAAACAUGGCUCAGAACUGCGAAUCAUUCCUAGAGACCGAGUUGGAAGUUGCUAAUGUCUGCUUCUUGGAAUACAGAACCUUUCAGAAUAAAUACUGGUAUUUGUUGUUGCUGUAUGGUUGAAAUCAGACAUUCAUGAUACAAUGAAAGCACCAAGAAUCAAUGAGACAAGGAAAGUUGACUCUUGUCCCUUCUUGUUCAUUUUGUUCAUGGGAAGAAAGAAUGCCUUUGAGUGGAGGGUACCAACCAUAGGUCACAUAGUAGGUGACUGCUACUUCACCAGAAGAAGAGAGGGUACUUCUGUGACAAAUGGACUGUGCUUUAAAACAAAACCAAACAAAACCACCAACAAAACCAGAAGAUGAGUCUGGUCAUUCAUUUCAGGAGCAUUUGGAAAAUCAAAUUCAUUGUAUCGGAUGUAUUUCUAAUUUUAGAAUUUAAAGGAUAAUUGAUCAUAGAGGCAUUUGGCUUGACAGCCUCUCUCCUGCAGGCUCAUAUUUAGAUUUUAAGUUAUAUCCUUUGUGAUGAAGUUAAUGGGUAUUUCUGUGAACAGUUAAAUUUUAUACAAAAGCCAAAUUAAAUUAUGGGAUGUUACCAUUAUGUGUGUAAAUUUGCUAUCUUACACCAAAUAGCUUUGACAUAGUGAUCUUAUGAAAUCAAGUGUGUUCCUGGUGGGAAUUGACAGUGUUACAGUAGAAGUCAGAGAAAUGCAACAGGGUUGGAGAAGUGUGAAAGAAUACUGGGCACAUGAUCAGAAGGUAGCUACAUAUACAUUUCAGAACACCCCACGGCAGUCUACAGAAAGAUUUCAGGGCCUAUGACAUGAUGAGGUGGCUCAGCCCAGAAAAGCUUUGCAAGCCUGACAGUGAAUGAGUAAGUUCAAUUCCCAAAACCGGUGUGGAAAGAGAAAACCAAUCCUCAGUCAUCCUCUGACCUUACACGGACACCCUGAUGUGAGCCAAUCCCCUCUCCCACAGUAAUACAUUUUAUAAAAGAUUUUAUUUGCCCCUACAAAGGAAAUCCGUGUCUUGGCACAUCGUGCAGGAUUAACUAAAUGCUGACAGUGAGAGCUGGGCUGCUCUGCUUUAGCAGGUGAGCUCUUUAGUGGUGAGAGUCUGCUGCCACAAGCUCCCUAGAGCUAGAAAUACAAGUUUUCAAUAAAUAUUGACUGAAUUUAUGA